GAAUGAGAGUCUUAUGUUUGCAGCUUCUCCGGGCUUAUUUAGACGGCACGUGAACAGCAGCGCGUGUGAGAGGAUUCGUGCGGGAAUAUUUUAUGUCAUAAAAAGAAAGAAAGAAGGAAACUUGGGAUAUCAGCCGCCGGAGCGCCAGUGAGAAUUUCUAAAGUGCACGUCGUGGAGGUGCUACGGUGCAACCAGAUUGUCUGUGGCGUCUCCUCUCGUGCGCGCCGCCUACCUGGCGAGAAGAUUUGGAUUAGGACCGAUGAACAGGGUGUAAAUAAUCUCCACGGGACCGUUUGAGAGACAAAGACCCUCAGUGUUUCUUUUUUUCUUUCUUUUUUUUUUACUGUCUGUGGGGAUUUAUUUAUUCAUUAUUUUCGUUUCUCCACCUCUGACGGUUUGAGGACAAUGUCUGUCCGGGGAUACUCUGACGCUUUUUCCAAACGCACAGUUCUUCUCUCCCUGAGGAUUUUGUUUCUUGUGCCUUUAGGGUUGCCGGUCCGCAGCCAAGGGGAUUCUCAGUUCGACAACAAAGUGAUGGACAACAUCACGGUUCGACAAGGGGAGACGGUGCUACUCACGUGCGCACAGGGGGAUGUCGUCACGCACACAGCGUGGCUAAACAGGUCAAGCAUACUGUACGCCGGAGAGGACAAGUGGUCGGUGGAUCCCAGAGUGAGUCUGGUGACCUUUAAUCAAGAAGAGUUUACCAUCAAGAUUGAAAACGUGGACAUGACAGAUGAGGGGCAGUAUGUGUGCGCAGUCCAGACGAGCAGGCGGCCGAGAACCACAUCGGUGCACAUCCUCGUCCAAGUGCCGCCAAAAAUCAUCAACCUGUCAAAGGACAUCGUGGUGAAUGAAGGCGCUAACGUCACACUGAUGUGCCAAGCCAGCGGUAAACCAGAGCCAUCUAUUAGCUGGAAACUGGUCUCCUCCUCAGGGGACCUGGCGUCAGAUGACGAGUACCUGGAAAUCCCAUCCAUCUCCAGACAGAGAGCGGGGACGUACGAAUGCACAGCUGUUAACGAUAUUGACACAGAUGUGCAGACCGUAGACAUCACCGUCAACUAUGCUCCAACUGUGUCAGAGGGCAGAGAUGUUGGAGUGACUCUGGGCCAGAUAGGAGUGCUGGAGUGUGAGGCCGAUGCUGUGCCCGAGGCUGACUUUGAGUGGUAUAAAGACGACAGAAGGAUCUUCAAUGGUCUGGAUGGCAUGGAGAUUAUCAACACUGGAUCACUGUCCAAGCUGACAUUCUUUAACGUGUCUGACGGAGAUUAUGGUAACUACACAUGCGUCGCCAUCAACAAACUUGGGAGUUCAAACACAAGCUUCCUUAUGUAUGUGGUAAUUGAACCCACUAGCUCAACACUAUUGCAAGGGCCGAGAGCAGUUCAGGACGGCAGCGGUGGUGCGGUGGGAGUCCGCUCACACACCUGUGUCCUCUUCGUAGUGUUCCUGCCCUUCCUGCUCAGAUUUUGAAGAGGAGUGGAUUUGAACACAAGUGUUUUGCGUGCGUGUUUGUGUGUGUGUGCGCGCGUGCCUGUUUUUUUUUUUUGUUCCUUUGUUUAUUUCUUCCUCCCAACCAGAACCAUAAACUGAUGCACAGUGAGUGCAUGAAAUGAAGUAUCUUGCAACUUAUUGAUGUUGACCCACUAAAUAAGUACAUUGUACAUUUCUGUUCUGUUUUGCUCUUUUUUUCUUUCUUUUUUAGAUACCGCUGAUGUAACAGACGUUUCGUUUUAAUUUAAUUGUGUCGGGUAAUUUCUUCGCUAAAUUGUAUUGUUCUGCAUCGUCUCCUUUCCCUUCGUCUCAGAAGAGGUUUAGUUAAAUGUCUCUUAUUCAGAUGAAUUUGUCUUAAUUUUUAACCGCAUUGCAUAUUCAUCUCAACUCUAGGAUAAGGCAAAUUUACAGCAAGUAUGAGGUGAGAUGAAUGUUAAAUACCUCAAAGUCAAACUGAGACAGUGAAGCGGAAGGAAUUUAGGUUACCCCGAGGCUGGAAGCCCACGUAUUAUCAUAUUUUAAUCUAUAAUAAUUAUCCUUCAGCCUGGUUGGUAAAAGCAGAAUUGUUUUUGACCUUCAAGAGUUUUUUUUUGUUUUAGUGAUGCACUUGCAGUUGUUUUAUGCUAAUCUGUUUAAUUUUAUUUUUUCAAUGAUGUUUAGUUUUAAAUAUAUUUUGCGAAGGGAAUAUUCAAAGUUGUAAUUAUUUAGGACGCAUAUCCUAGUUCUUUGUCUCUCUUGUCUGUUUUUUUUUUUUUUUUUUUUUCCCUCCUCCUUACCAGCACCAGUUGUAAACAAGAAUGGUGUCAAGAAUUGUUAGAAUUAAUUAGUUAGCAUUGGAGCAGCAUUUCGUCUGUGACAACCCACUUAAGUAAUGCAAAUUUAUUAAUGCUGUUUGCUACUUGUUGGAGCAUUAUGCCAUUUAUACACCACUAUACAGCUGUUUGAGAAAACCGUUCCUGGUCAUGUUCCAAACCAGCGCCGGGGUUAGAGACCAAUCAAUACGAUGUUAACAGAAAAUAAACACUUUUUCUUUUUCUUUCUUUUUUUUUUGCAUGUAUUUAGACACAAAUAACCCAAAGAUUUUAUCAGUUCAUACAGCACCAUGUUUGGAUGGAAUGGGAUUUCUCUUUUUCUGGUCUCAACGCCAAAUGAUAUGCAUUUUAAUCCUCAGCUCCGUCUUCUGACAAACACCGGGAUGAACGUGCUAUGUUUUAAAGAAGUAGGCGGGCAUAGUGUUGAAGGGAAACAAAAUAUACCUUUAAACCAAAAUGUACAGUAUAUUAAUCAGAUUCAGUUCCGCGUGAACAUGAUAUUUCCAGCUCUUUCUGAAUAGAGGAGAAUUACAGCGGUUACUGUACACAGGAAAAAAAAACUGCAAUAACACAGAUUGGUCAGAGGUCUGAACAAAAAAAAAAAAAAGAAAAAAAAGCCGGCUCUUAUCAUUGGAUAUAUAUAGCUUGCAUUAUCAGAAAAGACAGGAUAUAUGAGAAAACAAGCAAAGCAUAUCUCUGUGUUUUAUUGCGAGGUUCAGUGCCACGAUCUGUAAAACCAGUGGCCUCCUCCUCCUCCUCCUCCUCCUUUACCGUAUUCUGUUGUGAGGAUUUUAUGCAACAAUCAAAAAACUCUCACUACCCACCCCAGCUGCAGUGGAUUCGACGUUAGGCUACUGGCUCUGUGACGAGCACAAGUUUUUUUUUUUUACGACAUCUCUGUGCAGUCUCUUUUAAAAAAAAAAAGAAAAAAAAAGCUGUUUUGUUUUUGUCAACACUGUCAGUUUGGAUGAGAGCUGCACUUCAUUUUUGCAUUUGGAGGAUUCCAUUAAAGUCAUCAAACGCGAAAAGUCAAUUAAAUCAAAUUAGUGUGUGUGUGUCUGUUUAGUGGCGGGGCAAUGACGCGCUUCGUAUGAUCUCACCGCUCUGAUUAAGCGUGUUUUUGCACGUGCUUAUUUUUAGCUUAGGCCCAAAAGGAAGAAGUGCGAGGCAGCGGCAGCAGUAUCUGAUCCGUUCACAUUCAACAGCAAAACAAAGAAGAAACAUUUUCCCCUGCUUCGCCUCAGCUCUGGGUAGGUUCUAGUCUGUCGUCCACCUGCAACCACGUUUUUUUUUUUUUUUUUUUUUUUUUUUUUAAACAUAGACAUAAUUUCUGCUCCUCGGUUUAAAGAAAAGAGCCUACAUCCAAACCAGAGAGGCACGAAACAGAUAGGGCCAUUAAUGAAAUUGAUCAGAGCAAUCUUGCCGGGAAUCUGACGUGCUAAUCACGGUUCGCUUUCGCUCUCAAAGACAAAGGAAAGAGAAAGAGGGAGAGACUGCAGACUACUAUUCAUAGCGCUUGGAAAUGACGUGGUAAUUAUCGCAUCCCGUCUUGUCUGAUAUUACGUCCGUCCCGCACAGCUACUCCGCCGCGUGAUUAACCACAUUUAAAGGAAGCGAGGUCGUCUCCCGGGGAGGUCUGCUGCUGCCAGUACGCACAAACAAUCGCUGCAUCGGCCUCUUUGAGUUCCCUCGAAAGGCUGGGAAACGCGGCGUGUGAAAACAACAAUUGCUUAGUAGCUUUUCCGCAGACAUCAAUCACCAAACACACACACACACACACAUAUGUAUAAGUAUACUUCACUCUUUCUGUCACACACAAAUGCACACAUUGACUGUCUUGGAUACAAGAAAAGGAGUCUUUUGCGAAUGCAGUACCACUGCUUACAUCUAUUUUGUAGAAUAGCCAAGCACACUUAGCAAACUGUACGACCUCUGAGCAGUUGUCCGACAAUUUGCCCAAUAAGUUCAUGUUCCGGAGGAUGCAAAGGAAUACUUGGAUGCGUUGUGACGACAACCAAGGAUCCACGUUGCUUGUAAACGCUGCAACAAUUCACAGGUUUCUGGAAAGUACAGCGCAGAUGCGUGAAUGUUUGCGGCUUAAUAUUUGGUCCUUGAUUGUGAUAUUGUUUUUUUGUGUGUCGUACAAAACACAACACGAUGUAAUUUCUGAAGUCAAGCACACGAAUUAGUACUGAGGGUAAACCUGCUGUUUAAGUUCAUUUGUACAAACCGGGCGGGCUGCAGUUUAAGUACAUGUAUCUUUUUUUUUUUUUUGGCCUGAUGUCAGGAGGUGGGUGAAAAGCUGACGAUAUCAAGUCAUCUACUGUUUCACGCAAAUGAAACGCGAGGAAGCACUCACUGGUUUGAAACUCUGACCCCGACUGACUUCCUGUUAACUGUCACUACAACAACAACGGCGAUGAGUUCUGCUGUCCCCGGAUUAAACAUUGUGAACCGCGAGGCGCUGAGCUAAAGGAGGAAGACGUCUAAUCUGUGAUCUGAAGACGGCGUAUUCUGCCUUUACAGCUGGAGAAACAGUUUGUGGCUGUCGCGUAAAUCCCACUAGAUCCCGUCUCCCAAUGUUUCGGCCUCUCACUGAGCCACGCGCGGCUCAAAGCGGGGGUGCCGUCUCCGUUCUGCCGCUUUUAAAUCCGCGCUGCUCCGAACGUUCAAAACGAGAAGCGAGCGGAGAAAAGUGAAAAGUUUGCAGGUUGUCUCCGUAAAGACUUUAUUUGGAUUGUUUUCUGACCUGAGGCCUUUCGUAUUGCUUAGCACCAGUGUUCCUGAUGCAUUAUUGGCGCUGGUAGCCUCAAGGUUAGAAAAGCUCUCUUUCAGAGCGGUUAAAUAAACACUAUCGCAUUACAUUUAGUGAAACAGUGGGGUGUUUGGUGGUGCACAGCAGAGCUAUUUGCCAUGUCAAGGCUCAUUUAGUAGAUACAACUCUAAUAAGCUCUCAGUUGGUCCUCGUGUUGUCCUAUUGUUAACUGGACACGUCCUCAUUUGUAAAUCUCAUCCAGCAAGAUUAUUGCAGCUCUUUGCUAAAUAAAAUAAAAACUCAAUGUAAAAAAAAGAAAAAAGAAAUUGAUUCCUGAUUGAAAAUAAUUCACCAUCUCUCAAGACAAACAGUAGGCAGUCACGCUGCAGUUUCCUUUUUUGCAUGGUAUUAAAAUAGUCAGCCUCUGUACCAUCUUGUUAGAGCAAAUGCUCCCAGCUCCUGUCAAGCAUGACUUUUAAAAAGGAUAUGCAAGUUCCAUUCAAGCCAAACUUAUAAUGAUAAAAUCUAGCAAACCGGGAAGAGGAUCUCGGAAAUACACUAGUAAAAUAUUUCAGAUCCUCCUCCAAAGUUCAUCUAUGAAACUGCACUGAGAAGACCUGGAUACACAUGACUUUUUUUUUCUUUUCUUUUCUUUUUUUUUCCUGUGUGUGCCCGAUUCUAGUGAGCCAAUUCUGAAUCACAGGCCAUGACGGCUUAUAUUUUGGCAGUAGUUUUGCAUAUUUAUGUUGAUAUGACCAAUUCUAUUGUCUGUUUGAAGACUGCACAGGGAUUGCAGGAGUCGUUGUCUCUCUCAGCCAAAGCAAACAUGGGUCCAGUUGGAAUAUGUGGGCUGAGUAUGUGAAAAGAUAAAUAAAUAAAGCUAUGGGUAUAUUCCUUUAAUUUGAACCCAUACGUGCAAGGCAAGAGAGCAGUCUUUGGAGAAAAUUUGAUACCCUGACAAAUGACUGACCUGACCUUGUGUUGCACCUGACAGACAGUAUGUUUAAUUUUAAGUGUUUUGUGACAUUUGUGUGAUUUGCAAUGGAGUCUGGAAGAGAGAUCACAUUUAGAUGUGAAAUUUGGUUAGACAUGAGAAAUCAAACGUUUGUCUAAUCUGCCAGGGGGAUUAUCUCAGCCGAAGCAGCAGUCUCACGAUCUGCUGGGAUUUAUUUUGGAUGAUUCACACAACUUAAAUUCUGCCCUUUGCCUGGCUACAAGUUCACCGGGUUCUUCUUCAGAUUGGAUUGUUCCCAAUAUGGAGGGGGACACCACGCUAUUUGACUCCCUGCAUUGUAAAGGAUUGUUGGUUCAUAUGUAUUUUCUUGAUGAAAAGUGUGUGCUCAUAUUUAAGACUGACAAUAAUAAAAUGUUGUAUCUUAA